CCUCCUAGAAAGUUGCAGAAGAAGAUUAAUGGAGAUACAAAAAAACAGAAAAGAAGGGUAGAAGUUAGAUAAAAUCAUAGUCAUGUAAACUUCGUUUGUUUAAAAGUCUCCUAAAUAGCGAGUAUGCACAUAAAUAAUGUGUUUCAACAAUUAGCUUUAUUCUCUCUCUCUCUCUUUUUCUCUCCUCUCUAUAGGCAGGUUAUUGGUUAAUUCUAGCUGAAUCACUUAUAAGUAUCAACAAUUUCCAAUGUCUUUCCUUCAAUCCCUAAAUCAUCUUCAAAGAUCAUGGAGGACGAGAUUAAUCACCUCUCCCUUUCUCCACCUACAUUGGGUUCCAUCCAAAUUUCAGGUACAAAUGGUUUUGGUCACAACAUUGAGUUCAUAUCUCAAGCUUAUCUUAGAAACAGAAGUUCAGAAAUCAACAUUGAUGAUGAUAAUUCCUAUACAAGUAAAGAUUGCCCACUUCCUAUAUAUCUCAAGUUUGAAGAUGUUGAAUACAGGGUGAGGCUUAGUAGAACUGCCUCCAAUCCAGUUAGUGCAGUUGCUUCAAAAGUUUCUUCGAAACUAAACAUUGAGCAAGAUAAUUUUAGGCAGAUAUUGAUGGGUAUAACUGGAAGUAUAAACCCUGGUGAGAUUCUUGCUUUGAUGGGUCCUUCUGGUAGUGGGAAAACUACAUUGUUGAGGAUAAUUGGAGGUAGAUUACGGGAAAACUUAAGAGGGAAAAUAACUUAUAAUGACAUUCCUUAUAAUCCAGCUCUUAAGAGAAGGAUAGGUUUCGUGACUCAAGAUGAUGUGCUCUUUCCUCAAUUGACAGUUGAAGAAACUUUGAUCUUCUCUGCAUUUUUAAGACUUCCAAAUAGUAUGAGCCAAAGACAAAAAUAUGAAAAAGUUGAGAUGAUUAUUAAGGAAUUAGGCCUUGAAAGUUGUCGCCAUACAAGGGUUGGAGGAGGAUUUGUUAAUGGGAUAUCUGGGGGAGAAAGAAAAAGAACAAGUAUAGGUUAUGAGAUUCUUGUUGAUCCUUCAUUACUAUUGCUGGAUGAACCUACUUCAGGCCUUGAUUCAACUUCUGCUAAUAAACUUCUUCAGAUUCUCCUUGGAGUAGCUAAGGCUGGAAGGACAGUAAUCACAACCAUUCACCAGCCUUCUAGCAGGAUGUUUCACUUGUUUGACAAAGUUCUUCUAAUAUCAGAAGGCCAUCCAAUCUACUAUGGAAAACCUAGAGAAUCUCUAGAAUAUUUCUCUUCUCUGAGAUUUGUUCCCGAAAUACCCAUGAACCCGGCUGAGUUUUUUCUAGACAUGGCCACUGGACAGGUAAACGACAUUCAAAUCCCCGAUGAUUUGCGUGCUUCAAUGGGUAGUGCCAACUUUGAAAAGAUCGUAAUCAAGUACCUACAAGCUAAAUACAAAGCCUUGGUGGAACCGAAAGAGAAAGCGAAUCAAAUGAACAUGACGAGCCCCGAAGAUCUUCAGGUUGCAAUUCAAAGGAAGAAGGAUUGGACUAUGAGUUGGUGGCAACAGUUCAAGAUAGUAUCGAAGAGAACUUAUAGGGAGAGAUGCAAAGAUUAUUUUGACAAGUUAAGAAUGAUUCAAGCACUUGGAGUUGCGGUUUUGCUUGGCCUUCUUUGGUGGAACUCCCAAACUGAAACCGAAGCUCAACUAAGAGAUCAGAUUGGUUUGAUGUUCUACAUUUGCAUUUUCUGGACUUCUUCUUCAAUAUUCGGCGCUGUCUAUGUUUUCCCAUUCGAGAAAAUCUAUCUGGUGAAAGAAAGGAAGGCCGACAUGUAUAGGUUAAGCGUGUACUACGUUUGCAGCACGUUAUGCGACAUGAUGGCACAUAUAAUCUAUCCCACAUUUUUCAUGUCCGUUUUGUAUUUCAUGGUCGGUUUUACAAGGACUGCUACUUGCUUCUUCACGACGCUCUCAGCAAUCCUACUCAUCGCCAUCACAAGCCAAGGGGCAGGAGAACUCUUUGGUGCAGCAGUUCUAAGCAUCCAAAGGGGCGGAAUGAUCGCUUCUUUUGUUUUAAUGCUCUUCUUGUUGUCGGGAGGGUACUACGUUCAGCAUAUACCGAAAUUUAUGAGAUGGUUGAAGUACAUAUCGUUCAUGUAUCACGGUUUUAGGCUUCUACUAAAGGUGCAAUAUUCUGGUGACCAACCGUAUGAAUGCGAAAGCAAAGGUGGGUGUCGCCCAUUGCAGAGCUCGCCUUCGUUUGACUUGGUUAACUUGGAUGGAGGACUCGAAGAAGUUUGGAUUCUCUUGGGCAUGGCUUUAGGUUAUCGUGUAUUGACAUAUCUUUCCCUUCGCCAUAGAAUCAACAAUUGCAAAUAAUUCUGUGAAGUUUAUAAGUGACAAUUUAAGAUGAGAGAUCUUGGGGAAACUUAAUCAAACUUAUAUACUAUACAACAACAAAAACUCAUUCCCUUAACCCAUUUAUGUGUUUCUUUAUGGUUAAUUUGUAAUCAACAAUAAAAUGACACACAUUUCUAUUAAAAUGAUUUAUGUGAAACUUUAGGGUAUAUAUUUGUUUAUUUACACAAUCAUU